GCCUUGGCCCAGCAGGGUCCAGCUUGGUGCCCAUUAAGACGGGCUGUUGGGUGAGAAAGUUUUUUCCCUCCAGACAUCCCUUUCAAACCGCGGUUAUUUUUCCUCAGCAGCUGCGGAGACCUGUGGUAACUAGUUAACUAAUUCAACAAACGGACCCGUCUGUGUGUCAAAAACUGCAAGGAAUUGCUAGCCCAGUGGGGCAGACAGACUGGAAGACCGGGAAAGUCCAGGCCCAGGGCAGUGUGUGACAGUCACUGAAUACCUUGCAGACACUGCCCUCUGUGACCAUGAAACUCCGGGUGUCCACGUUGCUGAUGGCCUGGUUUGGUGUCCUGGGCUGUGUGCAGGCCGAAUUCUUUACCUCUAUUGGGCACAUGACGGACCUGAUUUAUGCAGAGAAGGACCUGGUACAGUCUCUGAAGGAGUACAUCCUUGUGGAGGAAGCCAAGCUCUCCAAGAUUAAGAGCUGGGCCAACAAAAUGGAAGCCCUGACCAGCAUGUCAGCUGCUGACCCCGAGGGCUACCUGGCCCACCCUGUGAAUGCCUACAAACUGGUGAAGCGGCUGAACACAGACUGGCCUGCACUGGAGGACCUUGUCCUGCAGGACUCAGCCGCAGGUUUUAUUGCCAACCUCUCAGUGCAGCGCCAGUUCUUCCCCACUGAUGAGGAUGAAACAGGAGCUGCCAAGGCCCUGAUGAGGCUUCAGGACACAUACAAGCUGGACCCAGAUACAAUUUCCAAAGGGGAACUUCCAGGAACCAAGUACCAGGCAGUGCUGAGUGUGGAUGACUGCUUUGGGAUGGGCCGCUCAGCCUACAAUGAUGGGGACUAUUACCACACAGUGCUGUGGAUGGAGCAGGUGCUGAAGCAGCUCGAUGCUGGGGAGGAGGCCACCACAGCCAAGACCCAGGUGUUGGACUACCUGAGCUAUGCCGUCUUCCAGUUGGGCGACCUGCACCGCGCCCUGGAGCUUACCCGCCGCCUACUGUCCCUUGACCCGAGCCAUGAACGAGCUGGAGGGAAUCUGCGGUACUUUGAACGGUUGUUGGAGGAAGAAAGAGAAAAACCAUCAUCAAAUCAGACAGAAGCUGGGCUAGCAACCCAGGAAGGCAUCUAUGAGAGGCCUGUGGACUACCUGCCCGAAAGGGAGGUGUACGAGAGCCUCUGUCGUGGGGAGGGUGUCAAACUGACACCGAAGAGGCAGAAGAGGCUUUUCUGUAGGUAUCACCAUGGCGACAGAACACCACAGCUGCUCAUUGCCCCCUUCAAAGAGGAGGAUGAGUGGGACAGUCCGCACAUCGUCAGGUACUACGAUGUCAUGUCUGAUGAGGAGAUUGAGAGGAUCAAGGAGAUCGCGAAACCCAAACUUGCACGAGCCACUGUUCGUGAUCCCAAGACAGGCGUCCUCACUGUCGCCAGCUACAGGGUUUCCAAAAGCUCCUGGCUGGAGGAGGAUGAUGACCCUGUUGUGGCUCGAGUGAAUCGUCGGAUGCAGCACAUCACAGGUCUAACAGUGAAGACUGCAGAAUUGUUGCAGGUUGCUAAUUAUGGAAUGGGAGGACAGUACGAGCCACACUUUGACUUCUCUAGGCGACCUUUUGACAGCGGCCUCAAAACGGAGGGGAAUAGGUUAGCGACGUUUCUUAACUAUAUGAGUGAUGUAGAAGCUGGCGGUGCCACUGUCUUUCCUGAUCUGGGGGCUGCAAUUUGGCCUAAGAAGGGCACAGCCGUAUUCUGGUACAACCUACUGCGGAGUGGGGAAGGUGACUACCGAACGAGACACGCUGCCUGUCCCGUGCUUGUGGGCUGCAAGUGGGUCUCCAAUAAGUGGUUCCAUGAACGAGGACAGGAGUUCUUGAGGCCGUGUGGAUCAACAGAAGUUGACUGACAUCCUUUUCUGCCCGUCCUCUUCCUGGCUCCACAUCCCAUGUUGUCUUCAAAUUCAAUGUGACAGACACCUUUGUAUGUUCCAGCCUGUCAGGCGGGUCUUUGGAGGAGUGAAUGUUUGUCUGGAGCAGAGAGAGUGGACUGAGGAGGGUCCUGGGUGACCUGGGCCCCAGCCUCCCUGGUCAGCCUGAGCCAUCUCUGGCCGCAAGGGUAGGGUCCAAGCGGCUGCAGCAGAGUCAGGCUGUCUAGCACCUAGCAAGGUGCCUUUGUACCUCAGAUGCUUUAAGUGUGAGAUACUUCAAUGAACCAAAGUUUUGAUACCUUGUUUACAUGUUUGUUUUUAUGGCAUUUCUAUUAAUGUGGCUUUAACCAAAAAAUAAAAUGUCCCUGCCAGAAGCCUUAAA